AUGAGAAAUCGUAAGGAUCCUGCUUACUGGGAAGGUCUCCAAGUCUUUAUGGCACUCGCGUCUAAACACAAAGAUUGUGACGGAAGAAUUUUCUGUCCUUGUGUUAGAUGCAAGAAUACCAGACUGCAUCCUUUAGAUACUGUGGAGGCACAUAUUUUUACCAAGGGUUUUGAAAGCAGUUAUGAGAGGUGGACUUACCAUGGGGAGCCAGAUGAACCAAUCGAGGCUAACAAUGCCGAUGCCGAUGAGAUGGUUGAUGUCAUUGAAGAUUUCUUUCCUCCUAUAAAUGACGAUGGAAGAGCAACCGACGAUGGAAUUCAGAGGGGUCAAUAUUAUGAUGAGAUGUUUGAGGAGAUCGAGGCAGAGUUGUACCCCGGUUGCGAUUGGAUAUCCUCCCUCAACUUUGUAGCAAAGUUGAUGCACUUAAAAAAUUUGGGAAAAAUACCAAAUUAUAUCUUUGAUGAAUUGUUGAAAUUGUUGAAGUUUGCAUUUCCGAAGGAAAACAAAAUCCCUCCAACAUUCUAUGAGGCGAAGAAGAAACUAAGUAAAUUAGGCCUAGGGUAUGAAUCAAUUCAUGUGUGCAAGAACAAUUGUUGUUUAUUUUACAAUGACCAUGCACCGAAAGAUUUUUGCCCGGUAUGUGGGACCAGUAGAUGGAUUAAUGAGAACACAAGUGGAAAAAAGAUAGCGCAUAAGGUGAUGCGUUACUUUCCAUUAACUCCAAGAUUGAAAAGAUUAUACAGUUCAAGAAUUACAGCCAAAGAGAUGGUAUGGCAUCGUACUGGGCGUGUGAAAGAAAAUGGUGUUAUGCGUCAUCCUGUUGAUUCCGCCGCGUGGAAAAACUUUGAUAGCAGACAUCCGGACUUUGCAAGAGAUCCACGGAAUGUGCGCAAGGGCUUGGCUGCCGAUGGAUUUAAUCCUUUUGGCAACAUGAGCUUAUCGUAUAGUAUGUGGCCUGUAGUUUUGGCGAAUUAUAAUUUGCCACAAUGGAUGUGUAUGAAGGAUAACAAUUUCUUGUUGACUCUCCUUAUUCCCGGACCUAAAUCACCUGGUAAAAACAUGGACGUAUUCUUGAGGCCUUUGGUGGACGAGCUGAAGGAAUUGUGGACUAACGGGAUUGAGACAAGAGAUGCGACAAGCAAUUCAAUGUUCAAGAUGCGUGCAGCUCUUCUUUGGACAAUUAAUGAUUUUCCCGCUCGCAGUAGCUUGUCUGGAUGGAGUGGCCAAGGAUAUAAAGCUUGUCCUACAUGCAAUGAGGAUACUAGUUCUAUUCGAGUGAUUGGUAAGACCUCUUACGUUGGCCAUAGACGUUUCUUGCCAUCCAAUCAUUGUAUGAGAAAGGACCGUGAAUUUGAUGGAAAAGUUUAA